AUGUAUCCAUCCACUCGUUUGGCCUUCCUAGGCCUAGGAGCUUCUUUGAUCAACGGUCUCCCCCAGCAGCCGGAAGCAAUCACUGUUACGACCACAGUUACAGUUUGUGAUAGUAGCUGUGCUUCCACUGUGACCGUGUCUGCUGCGUGUUCCGAGUCUUCGACUUUACCGUGGUACUCAACCAACACAUUGGGAACUUCGUCUACUGCUCUUAUUGGAUCGUCGUCUUCUGCUCCUAUUGGCUCUUCGUCUUUGGCUUCCUCUUAUUCUACCACCUCCGUCGAUACCACUGUAACCCUAACAUCAAGCUUUGUUGCUACUUUGAGCGAGUCGACAAGUAUUCCUUACAGCUCUCCUAUUCCAACAUACUCUUCAGGAUUUUCUAACACCACCUUUACAUCGCCAUCCUUGUCCCGCAGCACCGGAUCAAUCACGAGCUCAACGGCAAAUACCCUACCAGAAACGUCAAGCAGCACAUGCACUGAUGAGUCCUCAACUGGAACAGGUUCUCCCGAUUCAAGCACGUCUGCUUCUACUCCUGGUGCAAGUACAUCAUACUUAGUAACAAGUAGUUAUGAUGUGUCCACGUCAAGUACAGGAGAAAUAUUGCCAACUGGGACAGAUUCGACCAGUCCAGCCGUGACCGUUAGCCCUACGUCAGAGUCAAGCACGUUAACCGGAGCAUUACCAACUUCGACAUACCCGGCCAGUCCUUGGCCAUCCUCACUGGAAUCCACUCUCACUUCCACGACCAUCGUUCCAAUCCCUUUGACCCCGUCAGAUACCUCAAUCUCCGGUACUUAUAGCACGGCCCCAGACAGCACGAGCACUAUUAGCAGGAGUAUCCCUACUUCAGCUUCGUCUGGCAUAUCAUCCUCGAUCUUUAGUUCAAACUUUAGCACAGGCUCCUGGACUUGGUCUAAUAGCUACACGACCUCUUCCUAUUCGUCUUUGAGCACCGUGACAGGCAGUCUUCCUGGUACAACAGAUACGUCUAGUGAGCCAGCUACGACAUACUCGGGAUCUAUACCGUCCUCGACAACGGGAUCCAUUAGUGGAACAACUAGUUCUGCAUACGGCUCCUCGUCUGGCACCGUUGGGACAGAGACAAUAUCCUAUUAUACUCCUAGCAAUUCAUUCUCAUGGACGACGACCGUCGUAAUAGGCUCUACAACUAGUUCAGGACUUAACCCUACCGCUUCCUCAAGCAGCUCAAGCUCCUACUCUAGCCCUAUCAUAGGCACCUCGUCAACCGCCGCGAUAACCAGCUCUUCGCCGAAUGAGUCGGGCUCAACUAGCACUGCAUCCUCUUCAACAUCUGGAGUAACAAGUAGCUCAAAUGCUUGGAGUACGGCGACGUUUAGCUUCCCUGAAUCGUCGACUGAAACCGCGCCCACUGAGACAGUUUUAACUCCGAGUUCAAGCGCCCCCGUCGCCACCACCUGCUAUGAACAACCAACCUACGGAGGUGGCUACACUUAUAUCUGCUACACCAUCCCCGCGGCAUCACCAACUCCAACCUACACUACGGGGGAGACGAGCGCAGUCACAGGCUCAACCAUCACUUCGACUUCUGAGUUGCUAACAAGUGGAUAUCUCACUAGUUCCUCGGAUGAAUUCUCCAGCGCGUCAAGCCAGUCAGCACCUGUCCCCUUAAGCUCCAUCUACACUACUGGAAGCACAGACGCCACAACAGCCACCAUCUCUUCGAAAGGCAGCACUGAGACAUUCUCCACCGUUUCUUCGGUUCCCGGCUACCCAACCAGCCUGCCACUCCCCAGCACUAGUACGGUGCUCGUGACGCCCCUCCCUCCUAGUUCUACCGGAAGCAGUGAUGCUGCGACCGUGACCUCGUCUCUGCCUUUAAGUACGUGCAUUUCUGGCGGCUAUGGUGGCGGCGAGAUAUGCUUCCCGAUCGGAUCGAUGGAACCUGGGGUUACUAUCCUUCCUGCUGGGACAUCAUCUGCCGACGCAGUGACGGCACCGUCGUCGGUCCCUACUACUCUCGCCACCCAGCCUCAGUCUACCUCAACCGUUGCAGGAUACCCGACCGGAAAGCCCGACAAGUAUGAAAGCGACGAGGUUAUUCGGGAGAGUGAGGACGAGGACGAGUGGACUUGGUGGGGCGGUCGCAAGACCCGCGCUGGGCAGGGCAAAGGCGUCGAGCGCCUACGCCGCAGCUGGCGCAUGAUCUAAUGAAUUGCUGCUCUCCUUAUUCUCUGCUCCAUCUCUGUCCCAAACUACCUAACCUUGGGUAACGUAACCAUAGGAGUAAGGGGGAAACGAGAGGGUCGUAUAAAAGGGGGAAAAGAGACUAAAAUGCAUACUUCACUUCUUGUCGCUCAUUUAUUUCCUUGAAUCAUUUUACAUUUUUCGCUUCUACAUACUCUAGAAAAAGGGGUUGUUAUUUAUUAUGUGGAGACGGGGGAGAUGGAUGGGUUUCUCUUAAUCACGAAGCCAGGGGUGGCGCAAUUCGAGAUCUUGCUCGCACUAUGAUAUCGAUUGAAAAUAAUUGAAAUAGGCUGGAUUUUCUUCAUAUGUGCUGCUGAAAAUAAAGAGAAGUUACUUACUUAUUACAAUGAACUACAAGCUAUGUCGGUUUUCGAGAUAGUUAGAACGUAUUUAUGUAUGUCCGUAAUAUGUAGAGCAUCUGAUAAUGGCCUAUUCCUUG